UUUGUUCUUAAGGUCAGACUCUCGUGUUGUUUGACUUUAUUUUCGACUUUAUUGUUCUACCUGAGGUCAAGUAUUAUGUAAUAUACACUUUAUGUGGUCCUAAUAUAUCAUCUUUUGGUGUUAAUACUGCAGGUGAUCCUGGUACAAGAAGGUGGUACAUGUAGUGUCAAUACUGCAGGUCAUCCUGGUACAAGAAGGUGGUACAUGUAGUGUCAAUACUGCAGGUCAUCCUGGUACAAGAAGGUGGUACUUGUAGUGUCAAUACUGCAGGUCAUCCUGGUACAAGAAGGUGGCACAUGUAGUGUCAAUACUGCAGGUCAUCCUGGUACAAGAAGGUGGUACUUGUAGUGUCAAUGCUGGAGGUCAUCCUGGUACAAGAAGGUGGUACAUGUAGUGUCAAUACUGCAGGUCAUCCUGGUACAAGAAGGUGGUACUUGUAGUGUCAAUACUGCAGGUCAUCCUGGUACAAGAAGGUGGUACUUGUAGUGUCAAUACUGCAGGUCAUCCUGGUACAAGAAGGUGUUACAUGUAGUGUCAAUACUGCAGGUCAUCCUGGUGCAAGAAGGUGGUACAUGUAGUGUCAUUACUGCAGGUCAUCCUGGUACAAGAAGGUGGUACUUAUAGUGUCAAUACUGCAGGUCAUCCUGGUACAAGAAGGUGGUACAUGUAGUGUCAAUACUGCAGGUCAUCCUGGUACAAGAAGGUGGUACUUGUAGUACCAACAUCAGUGUCAGUAAACUACUGUAAGUUCUGUAAAUACUGUAAUGUAUAUAUAGUAACAACACUAACCACAGUGUUAAUACAAUUACAACACCAAUUACAGUGUUAAUACAGUGAUAAUAACUAGUGUUCAUGCUUGUCAACACUAAUACAGUGCUUGAACAGUGACAACACUGCAACAACAGUGCUUAUACAAUGAAAACACUGUAACAACAAUGUUGGUGCUACAACACUUAGAGUGCCAACAACAGUGUCAUAAGGUUAAUGUGUCAUAAAUGUCUGCUAGUGUCAUCCUUCUUAUUCCUCAGACAUGCUUACCCCUACAUGUUUAGUGUUUGCUAUACUUACGGUGAUAGAAUAAUUCAGUAAUAUUAGUUUUUUUCUGUAAUAAAAUAUUCUCAAAUAUCCCCUGGUUAAGCAAUUUAAAUAUGUGAGAACUUAUUGUUCAUUAUGUCUAAAACACCUGAAAAACAAUGUGUUGAGGCAACACAAUGUACAGUUGUUCACGUAGGAAACGAAUUAGAUCAACAUUCACACUCACUCAAACAAUCUUCACAACAAUCUCAGUGUGGAUAUCAGACCAGGUUUGUCACAGGCAAAAAAACAAUUCAGUGUUCAGUGUGUCUAAAAGAGUUUUCUAAAAACUAUAAUUUAGUCAUUCACAUGAGAACUCAUACUGGAGAGAAGCCAUAUCAGUGUUCAGAAUGUCUGAAAGACUUUUCUCAUAAAUCAAGCUUAAUAAGUCACAUGAGAAUUCAUUCUGAAGAGAAUCCAUAUCGGUGUUCAGAAUGUCUGAAAGAUUUUUCUAAAAAUUCACAUUUAGUAAGACACAUGAGAACUCACACUGGAGAGACACCAUAUGAGUGUUCAGUAUGUGUGAAACGCUUUUCUGAAAAUUCACAAUUGAUAGUUCACAUGAGAACUCAUACUGGAGAGAAGCCAUAUCAGUGUUCAGAAUGUCUGAAAGACUUUACUCAAAAUUCACAAUUGAUAGUUCACAUGAGAACUCAUACUGGAGAGAAGCCAUAUCAGUGUUCGGAAUGUUUGAAACACUUUCUUCACAAAUCACCAUUAGUAAGACACGUGAGAACUCAUACUGGAGAGAAGCCAUAUCAGUGUUCAGAAUGUCUGAAAGACUUUUCUCGCAAAAAUUAUUUAGAAAAUCACAUAAGAACUCAUACUGGAGUUAAUCCAUAUCAUUGCUCAGAAUGUUUGAAAGUCUUUACUCAGAAAUCAAGCUUAGUAAGUCACAUGAGAACUCAUACUGGAGAGAAGCCAUAUCAGUGUUCAGAAUGUCUGAAAUGCUUUACUCGAAAAUCAAGUUUAGUAAGUCACAUGAGAACUCAUACUGAAAGAGUUAUCCAGAAAAUCUAAUUUAGUAGGUCACAUGAGAACUCGUACUAGAGAUAGGCCGUAUAAGUGUUCAGAAUGUCUGAAAGACUUUUCUAAAAGAUUUCAUUUAGAAAGUCACAUGAGAAGUCAUACUAAAGAGAAAGCUUUGCCAGAAGAGGUGUCAUGUGUCAUGCACUAAAAUUUCUUCCUCUACCAACACUGAUAUUAACACUUUCACUGUUGGUCCCAUAAUAUUAUGACAUUCAAGCCAGUGUUGGUCCUGUAAUACUACACCAUAAUUCUAGCAGCUUCGAAUCUUGCAGAAGAAAGAUGGUAGGCCUACAUAUGAGAGAAUGUGUCUGAGUGGUCAGUGUGUGCAGUAUAAGAAAAAUCCUUCAGCAUGCAGUGCAUAAUGAGGAAAAAAACUUUCUUUUUUUAGUUUAAAACAGUGUUGUUGCUAAUUUAAACAAAGUUUAUUAAUGGUUGUAUUUUCAUUUUCUUUGUCUCAUUUGAAGAUAUACUACACUUGGAAGAUAUACUGCAAAAAUUGAAUUGAUUUUUAUUGGUUUAUGGACUAAAAGUACCUUGAAAUUGAGCUCAAAGUAGAGGAAAUGUUUGAUAUUUGUUGAUGUUUAAAAGAAUACAAAUCACGUCACAUGUCCAAUACUCAUCAACUGGUGAGUUUGAUAGGCUUUCACAAAUGUGUUGAUAUUAUUAAUACAAUUUUUACAAUUGUGCAGUAGUCUGCAUAACAGUAAAUCUUUUAUUUUCUGUGUUAAUAAAAAUUCAAAAUGGAAAGCAAGCAUAAUAUGAAGGGGCCUGGAGAAGUGACUAAUGAACAGAGAAAAUGUUAUUUUAGUGCUAGAAAUGUUUGCCUUGUUAAUUCUGGACUUUAUUUUGAAAUUGGCUUUCCUUGAAUUUUGUAUACAAUUGGCCAAAUCGCCAAUUUUUUAUCACUUUAUUGGGAGGUUGAAAUUGGUAAAUGGGCAGUUUCAUGUACUCAAUCGAUAGAAGAAAAGGAGUUCUAGCGAAAUAGCUAUGAGUUUAGUUGACUGGAACAGUGGAAUUGACCAAAAACAGGGCUCAUAGUUGGCAAAAUUGAUGAUGCAUAAAUAUUGCCAGACUGCUAACUUUGUGUGAACGUAAUUCAGUAAAUUUUCCAUCAAAUUUCA